AUGAUAGACGAAACGGCCCUGAUGGAAGCUUGUCCAACCGUGCAAGAGGUAUCGUCGCCUCGGGAGCUCCAGACGAGUCUGCAAGAAGCCAGAGCUCGCGUGGCCAGGAGACGAGCGGUACGCUCCGCGGGUGAUGUCGACGACGCUGAAGCCCAGGCCGUCCAGAGCGAAGGUCCUGAACAGCCGUACGCCUAUCCUGUCGGGAUAAGUCCGGCCCGGCAGCGCGCGAUUCUUGUCCUCUUGGCGCUGGGGAACUUCUGCGUCGGAGCCAGCGUGUCCUUACAAGCGCCCUUCUUUCCACACGAGGCGGAGGUGAAAGGAGUGUCGUCCGUCCAAUGCGGGUUCGUGUUCAGCGUCUUCGAAUUGACCAUCUUCAUCGUGGGCCCCAUCUUUGCUAAGAUUGUUCCCAUAGUGACUCCACGUUUUAUGCUGUUGGCUGGGCUCUUCUUCGUGGGGUCUGCGUCCGUUCUUUUCGGGUUUCUGAACAUGUGCCCCCCAGGGGCUUCCUUCCUGGGCUUGGCUAUCGCCACCAGAAUCGUCGAGGGCGUGGGCACCGCGGGCUUCCAGACUGCCGUGUUCACCAUCAUCGCUGCCGAGUUUCCGGAGAACCUGGCCACCGCAUACUCGAUUCAGCAGACGGUAUUUGGUGCGGGACUUGUCGCUGGACCUACGGUUGGAGGUUGCCUUUACCAGCUGGGCGGCUUUGAAUUGCCCUUUGUGGCCACGGGGUCAUUGAUGCUGGUCUGCAACUUUCUCGUUUACUGGCUGCUGCCACCGACAGGUAAGCCCAAUCCAAGCCGUAGGACGGGCAACCUUCUCAAGUUCUGGUGGAACCUUGGAGUUAUUCUCGACGCGUACUGCGUUUUCGGCACCUUCGUGAUAAUCGGUUACAACGCCGCCGCCUUGGAACCGCACCUGAGACAGUUCCACAUGCAGCCAUAUCAAGUGGGCCUCGUGUUCGUGCUCAACGGCGCCGUCUACGCUUCGACCGCCUGGAUAUGGGGCCGGUUAGCCGACAGAACUUAUUACACAAAAGAAUUGGCCAUUGUUGCCUGCACGAUCCUCUGUGCCUCCUUGCUGCUCCUCGGGCCGGCUCCGUUCCUUCCCAUGCCUACGGCUGUCUGGAGCGUGAUGGUUGCCCUGGCGAUAUUCGGAUUCGGUUCCGGAGGUACCAUCGUCUGCUCCUUCGCCGGAUCCUUCCGAGACACUCUGGACCGCGGCUUUUCUGACAACCUGGCGACGUACGGCCUGGUGUCAUCAGUCUUCACGUCAUCUCACUCAAUGGGCGCCUUCGUGGGCCCCACCCUGGGCGGCUACCUCCUCGACACCGUGGGCUUUCGCAUGGGCACCACGGCGCUUUUAGUCAACGAGAUCCUCCUGGUAGGUGCACUAAAUAUUUACGAACGUGACUGCACUAUUUCCGACUUUUGUUUUAGCAAAUAG